CGUCAGUACGUGACAAUCUAGCCAAGCUUUCCACAGUCUCUCUCUGCGCUCACUUACUCUGACCGGAUCGUCUGUACUUUGCUGCGUCUCAAUCGAUCACCACUCAAACCCUGGGAAAUCGUCAGUGUAGGCAUUGCAAGUAUAUGGGCGUAUCACCAUGGUUUCCUGUGCAUUAUUCGCGUGUAUAUAUAUAUCUCUAAUGCUAAAUUAUAGUGCCCAAGCUGACGAAGAUUAUGAUUACGUGGUAUCUACUAUGUACGGCAAGGUCCGUGGAUAUCGCAUACAAGUUACAGAGAAAUAUGUAGAUCAAUAUUUGGGUAUCCCGUAUGCCACGCCACCCGUCGACGAAUUACGUUUUAAACCAACCACACCUCAUCAACCAUGGAAAGGCACGUUGAAUGGUACACGGUAUGGUAAAGGGUGUAUGCAGUUACCAGAUACUCAAUUCGGCGAUUUUGAAGGUACUAAUAUGUGGAAUCCUAAUGUCUUACUUGAUGAAGAUUGUCUGUAUCUUAAUGUGUGGACACCACAUCCAAGACCAACUAAUGCUGCAGUUAUGGUUUGGAUUUAUGGAGGCGGAUUUGUAGCUGGUGUAGCCUCAUUGGAAGUAUAUCAUGGAGCUACCCUUGCUGCCACAGAGGGAACCAUCGUGGUGUCGUUCAACUACCGCGUUGCAUCAUUGGGAUUCUUCUACCUGGGUCACGAGGACGCGCCUGGCAAUAUCGGACUGCUAGACCAAGUAUUAGCUUUGCAGUGGGUUCAAGACAAUAUCAUUCAUUUUGGUGGCGAUCCUACUAGAGUUACAAUAUUCGGAGAAAGUGCUGGAUCUGUUAGUGUUGGAUUGCAUCUGCUCUCACCUGUGAGUCGCAAUUUGUUUGCGCGAGCUAUCCUUCAAAGUGGAACACCUAAUAAUCCCUGGGCCACUGUGACGGCAGACGAAGCUCGGCGUAGAAGUCUAAAAUUAUCCAAAGAAUUAGGAUGUUAUAAUGAACAUAGUAUGACCAAUAAUGAAGACAUUGCUUUGUGUAUGCGAAGGCAGGAUGCACGAGAUUUAAUAAGCAGUGAAUGGUUUGACGAUAUGCAUGGCAUUUAUCGUUUUCCAUUUAUACCAGUUGUUGAUGGGACGUUCCUCACAGAAACACCCCAAUCGUCAUUAGAAAGACAUGCAUUCAAACCUACCUCUGUCAUGCUUGGGACCAAUAAAGACGAAGGACCAUUUUUCAUCAUUUAUUAUGUACCAGAGUUUCGUUAUGACAAUGAGAGCUUAAUUGAUCGAUCUGUUUAUAAAAAGGCUAUAGACAUUGGUUUUAAACAUCUGAACAAAUUUGGGCGUGAUGCUGUUGCUUUCAGGUACAUCAACUGGUGGGACACUAAUGAAGGUGCUAUGUUACGUGAUGGAUUCAGUAAUAUGAUUGGUGAUGAAAACAUUCAUUGUCCUGCCCAAGAGUUUGCAUAUUCAUAUGCCACUGGCCAGGAGGAUGUGUAUUUAUAUUAUUUCACACAACGUGCAUCCAAUAGUUUGUUUCAUCCAUGGAUGGGAGUGCUACACGGUGAUGAAAUUGCAUAUGUAUUUGGACUGCCACUUCAUGAACAAGGUAAUUACUCAACUGGGGAUAUUGCUGUCAGUCGUCACGUCAUGAGAAGCUGGGCUAACUUUGCCAAAACUGGAAAUCCUAAUAAAUCUUCAUUGGACGAGGUGGUAGAAGAAAAGUGGCAGAAAUACACACCGUCAGAAAAACACAAUUUUGUGAUAAGUGCGGCAACCCUCCCAGAUGGAGAACCAAACUCAAGAGGUUCACGACUGGAUUACUGUGCAUUUUGGAGAGAAUAUAUUCCUAAUUUAGUUACAACUACUGCUGAUAUUAAAGAAGAAGAGCAAAAAUGGAAAGAGGAAUUCCAUCGAUGGAGCACUAAAUAUAUGGUGGACUGGAAAGCAGAAUUUAACCAUUAUGUUACUAACCGGGGACAAGGAUGUGAUGCGGAUGUCAACGAAUGAAAUGUCGAAACACUGAGAACUAAGGCACAAGCAUUCUGAUAGACAGACAUACAUAGGAACAUAUGGCGCUCAAUGCAUGUGUUUGGUUGACGAGAAGCACUCAUGUAUGUAGCUAGCUAGGUAAACAUGUGUGAUAUGAAUGAGUAGCGAAUAGGAUUAUGGGGUCCCGGCAAGGAAAGGCGCCCUGAUAGACAGAGACAGGGAGGCAGGUAUCAGUAUUACGAUUGUUGUCUGAGUAUAGGUCAUUCUC